AGGGGAAGGGGAAGAGAAAUAGGGGAAGGGAGGCAGGGAGAGGGGGAGGGCGAGAGAGAGCCAGGGAGCCUGGGUCCUGCAGAGUCCUCCUCUCCGUCCUCCGCUCACGUGUGCUGUAAUUGUAGUCGGCUCCUGGAGCGACCUCCCUGGAUGGCGAGCUACUGGCGCUGUUCGCCCACAAUUUCCGCAGCUGGCCCUGGAGUUCGGGGGGCUCCGGCCGAGGAGCGCCGCCGCCGCCUCCCGCAAGCGCAGCAGCAACAGCAGCAGCAGCAGCAGCUGAGAAGGCAGAGACGGCAGGCGCGCUCGGGCGCUCAAGGUGACUUCUGCCCCACCCCGAGCUGGCUGGUUCAGAUAAAUGUAUCCAAUAUGGACCAUCCCUUGGACUGCCUUGGGCAUCUCCUGUGGAUGCUGAUGUUGGUUCAUUUGCCACUGCAAGAAGUCCAUGGGUUUUUCCCCAACAUCUGGUCUCGGACCAUGGGCUUCACCUGGGGAUCCAUCACCCACCAGGACAUGACUGAAGAUGCAAUUCUGAACAUCACUCUUCGCCUCUUUUCGGAGAUGCCUCACCCUACCAAGGGGAAUCGCAUCCAAGAAAAGGACUUUAAGGACAAGACCCUAUUGGCUGAUGACAUCUUUGCUGCUUUCUAUGGUCCUGAGGUGUCCGCCAAGCGUUUCCGUGGAGCCGUCGCAGAAGUGGCCAACGCCAAUGCCGCCAUGGACUUUGGGAAUACGACCCGUGAUGAGCCCGUUUUCCACUUCGAUUCGGAGCUCAUUCACUCUGCCAAUAGCUGGCUGUUGCACAUUCGCCAAGAGAUCCUUCAAGCUGUGCGUUCUGAGCAAUAUGGCAUUGCCCGAAAAAAGCUGGGACAGCUGCUCCAUUCCUUGCAGGAUUUCUACAGCCACAGUAACUGGGUAGAACUGGGAUAUGAUGGAAUACUCCUUGACUUGGUUCAGCCGGGCCGUGAAAUUCAGUCUGUCGCUGAAGCUGGCAUCCGGACUUGCCACGAUUGCUCUGAAUGGACCUGCAAAGGAAAUCUCCUGGAGAAGCUUGCUGUUCUCACCACGGGUUACUAUGGUUCCCGUCCUGAAAAGCCUAUUGGGAAGUGCAGUCAUGGUGGGAGGUUCGAUGAGAGCCGCCAUCAAGAACCUCGAGGCGGCAUCAAUAAGGACAGCGCCUCCAUGUUCUUCUCGCCUCACCAUUACCUGCACCAGAAGGCAGCUAGGCUGGCCCAGGAGGCCUCCAUACACUUCCUGGAGAAGAUGUGGCGAGAAAUAGGGAACAGGCAAUUUAUGAGGUUGCUAGAUAUCAGCCCAACCACAGGCCUGAGCUUUGUUGUGGACACCACUGGAAGUAUGGGGGAAGAGAUCAGCGCGGCUAAGUUUCAGGCACGGGAGAUCAUCGAGCGGCGCCAAGGCACCCCUCAACAACCAGAUUUUUACCUCUUAGUGCCUUUCCACGAUCCCAGUUUUGGACCAGUCAGUAAGACCAGUGACCCUGAAGAAUUCUGGAAAGUCUUAAACACCAUCAGUCCAUUGGGUGGUGGAGAUGAACCUGAAAUGUGUCUGUCAGCUUUGGAGCUUGCCCUCCAGAACUCGCCACCCUGUUCUGAGAUCUUUGUCUUCACUGAUGCAUCUGCUAAAGAUGCUCACCUGAAGAACAGCGUGGAAUCCCUAAUUCAGGAAAAGAAGUGCAAGGUGACCUUCCUAAUCACAGAGGACCCAUCCAAGACUCGAACAAAGCGGGAGACGCUUGCCCCGAACCGAUUCGACUUGUACGUUCACUUGGCUGAGAGUUCGGGAGGCCAGAUUAUAUUCACAGACAACGAUAAUAUCCGGCGGAUGGCUGAGAUUAUUGGCGAAUCCAGUUUAUCUUCGGUGACUCUCUUUCGCUACCACAAAGGAAACAUCUUGAGACCUAAAGGGACUCAACGCAGGACAAAGAAGCAGGCUCCUCAGUUGGCAAGACACCAGUUCUGGAUUGAUAGUUUGGUGGACCAUGUGGUGGUAACCAUCCAAGGCUCUGUGGAAUUCUUUGAAAUAAGGGAUCCUACAGAUAGAUUCCAAACUGAUGCGACAAUUCACGGUCCCUUAGCCAAGAUCCAGCACAUUGGUGGAAUUUAUAGAGCAUUCCUUUCCACUCCUGUCCAUCCUGGGGAAUGGACUUUGAAACUUCGGUCCAAAGGGCAUUAUUCGGUGCACAUUCAAGGUCAGAGCACCCUUGAUUUCUUGUAUUAUUUUGCUGUUCCUGUUGAUGGACGUCACCCAGGGUUAUUCAUGCUGGAUAGUCCUCCUGUUGAAGGUUUGCCUACCUACCUGGUUGUCAUGGUGAUUGGUCUGAAUCAGACUAAGUCGGGCUCCGUUCAGCUACAGUCGGUGAACUUAGAAGCAAGAACAGGCAGCCUCGGGGAAUUAAAACUGCAGAGAAGAGACAGUCGGAUGGACUUGUUUGUGGCCGAGCUGCCUCCCACUCUAUCAACCACCAAAAGCUUUUCCAUAGUGGUACAUGGAAUGGAUGGUGGGGGCCAGAAGUUGGAGAGAUCUGCUCCUCAAGUUGCAACUGUCACAGGAUCCCUCCUAGAGCUGAGCAGAGAGACUCCUGUGUUCCCAGGAAGACGGGUUUCCAUUUCCUGGAAGGUCACAAAUCCUGGUGCACCUAAAUAUUAUGGACUAAAAGUGAUCAGUCUUCCCCGAAUUCCAGCCGACAUCUCUAACGCCAGACUGCAGUUAGGCUUCAACCAAACAGGGACAGGACAGAUAUUCCUGAACAUUCCUGAUACAGCUCUACCUGGGUCACUGAUUACAAUAACCUUGCAGGCCAACUCUCUCAACUCCUCUGCAGAUCCCGAUUUUGCCCAUAUCGAUCUUCUGGUGAUGCCUCAACCUCCGGUGGAGACCAUCUCAUCCCCAGUAUGCAAUGUCACAUCUUCAGAGAAUUCCUGUGGUCCACCACAGUCCCCUUGUCGCAGCCAACGAUGGACAGCCACCUUGCAGAUCUGGGACAAAGCUGGCAUUCACUCCGUACAGGUGGAAAACGGUCUGGUGCUUCCUCACCAAGCCCAUGGGCUGGUGGAAAUAGUCACUUACACCUCAGAUUGUUGCUCACGGCAGGCGGAACUGGUGGUCACCAACCUUCUUGGGGAGAAAUACCGAUGCCAAGUUGAAGUAAUGCCUCCUGCCCUUCCUGGCAAGACAGUAACCGCACCUCCAGAUGAUGUUAGGAUGGUGGCAGAUGCUGCUGGUGCUGCUGAUAUGGCUGUUGCUCCUUCUUCCAUGAUCUGGUGGUGGAUCUCAACAAUCUUGUUGGUCAUUGUGUGGCUAGGACCAUAAGGCUGCCAUUUAUGGGAGUAGUUCUCGGUGUUCUGGCUGCCCUCUGCUGGGAAAUGAUGGCAUUUUACCUUAUUGGAGAGUGAAGUUACAAAGAGAGGAUGGACUGAGCAGGAGAGCAAAAUCUAACAUUGGAUGAGGAAGGAAAGGAAAGGAAGGGAAGGGAAGGGAAGGGAAGGGAAGGGAAGGGAAGGGAAGGAAGGAAGGAAGGAAGGAAGGAAGGAAGGAAGGAAGGAAGGAAGGAAGGAAGGAAGGAAGGAAGUCCUCAAAGGACCAUUGUAGGAUGUCACAUUGGAGUCCUGGUCAGUGUGACGGGAAAGUCACUAAAAUUCUCCUACCUGAUUGGAAGAGCUGAGCUAGAGAGAGAACACGAAUUUUUUUUCUUUAAUGGGGUAGUAGAGCAUCCAUUAACACAAUCUUGUGGCUUUUGACCAGGUAGCCAGGACUGUUCAUCUAUCAGGUGGUGUUUUCUAACUAUGAGCUUGCUCUCUACUGUGAGAUGGGCUCCUUGAAAAGUUUUUUAACUGGACGUGGUAGGAUAGUUGUUCUGAUCACUAUGCAGAGGAUGGGCUUUAGCCCUAGGAUGUGAUUUCCCAACAGGAAUUGUCCAAAGGCCUAUGUGGGGCCUGAACCCACAGUCUUGCUGCUAGUAAUCACAUGCCUUGAUGGACAGUACUAGUGUUUGGGGUUGCUAGUCCUACAGGCUAAGCAUGCUUACCCCUAUCUUUUGGCAUCAUUCCAUUCUGGAUGACUCUGCCAAGUGUGCAUGGAGUCUGCUGCAAUUCUUUCAGCUUCUCCGAAUGUCUCUGGUCUUCAGUGUAGGUGUUUACUCCUUUCUGAUCAUAGGAACAUGCUGCCAGUUCCACCUCUUUGCUCUUAACUCCCUAGAAAUGGGAUUAAUUAUGUUUUGGAGCUGCUUGUGCUAAAACAGCUGUCAAGAGUGUUUACAGCAUGACUACUAUUUUGAGACAACCCAGGAGCAAAAUACAGGACACAGAGGUUUUGUCAUUACAAACAGUGAUUUAUAUACAAGACUUCUAUAUACAGACGUACACGUGGUAGGCACAUACCAAGCAAGCAAGCAAUCUUCAACUCUACACGGAGAGCUACAAUGCAGAUAGAACACGACGAGGAGAGAGAUACACGAGGGGAGAGAGAGAGAGACGCCCUCUAAUGGCCUCCCUUAUAUACAUAGCUUCUUAAAGCGGCAAUAUCCCUGCUGACUCAUCCUCAGUCUUAAAGGGGCAAUAACCCUGCUGACUCAUCUUCAGUUCAUCAUCCUGGUCCACAGCCUUACAACGGCUGGUCAGCUUUAAAUCUGCAUUACACUGACAACAGCCUUCCCCAACGUGGUCUCUUUGAGGUGCGUUGGAACAUGAAAAGAACAUAACUAAAAGACACAAGGGGGAAAUUUGGGGAAAUUUGAAAUGAAGGCUCAUAGAAGGUAGAAGUUCAACCACAGCAUGUUCUGGAAAGCUGGUGGAUAAUUCCUUGUGGUACACCCCAUGCCUAAAUGCAGAUACAUCUCAAUGUUUACUCCAUAGUGAUUGUGCUUUUGAUAUAGAAAUGAUUACAGGUAGGUCAAUGACACUGUAAUGAUUAAACUGUGAACAGAUAGGCAUAUACGCUAACAUUUACAGAAUUUUUACGUAGGCAACCAACAUUCUCUGAAGCUGACCUACCUGUAAUUCUCUGAAGCGUAGAGAGCAUUAAUUCAGAAUAUCUAGAGUGCCACUUUGUAGCAUCCUUUAGGAAGAGAAUGUUGUAAUAUUGAAGAGAGAGAAUGGUUUGGGUUGUAAAAUACGUAUCUAAGUGCUAAGGCUAACACUUAAGUGCUACUAUUGGUAACCUUCCAGCUUCUCUAUAUAGAAAAACAGAUCCAAGGGGAUUCUAGGGAAAAGGUUUUUGAAGUGGAUAAAAUGUUUUUUUUUUUCCAAUUCAGUGAAUUUUGAAUAUUUUUUUCUGGGAGUGAAAAAACACAGCAUUGUUUUUAUAACUUAGAAUAAUAGAUGUCUAUGGAGAUUCUCAGCCAUCCAGGUCAUGGUUGUCCCAAAGGUGCUUUUCCAAGAGGCAAUUGGACUUUCUUGCUUUUCUUUGAAGAUGUUUCGCUUCUCAUCCAAGAAGCUUCUUCAUCUCUGACCAUUCACCACCAUCCAUUGAGAGCUGAAGAAGCUUCUUGGAUGAGAAGCAAAACGUCUUCAGAGAAAAACCAGAAAGUCCAAUUGCCUCUUGAAGAGGCAACCUUUGGGAUAUAAAAUAAUAGAGUUGGAAGGGACUUCAGAGGUCUUCUAGUCCAACCCCCCAUUCAAGAAGGAGGCCCUAUACCAUUUCGGACAAAUGGUUGUCCAGUUUCUUUUUUAAAGCCUCCAGUGAUGGAGCACCCACAACUUCUGAAGGCAAUCUAUUCCAUUGCUUGCUUGCUCUCACCAUUAGAAAAUUUCUCCUUAGUUCUAGGUUGCUUUUCUCCUUGGUUAGUUUCCAUCCAUUGUUUCUCAUCUUGUGUUUUGGUGCUUUGGAAAAUAGUUUGACCCCUCCUCUUUGUAGAAGCCCCUGAGAUAUUGGAACACUGCUAUCAUGUCUCCCCUAGUCCUUCUUUUCAUUAAACUAGACAUCCCCAGUUCCUGCAACUGUUCUUUGUAUGUUUUAGCCUCCAGCCCUCUAAUCAUCUUUGUUACUCUUUUCUGCACUCUUUCUUUACAUCUUUAGUAUAAUAUGGUGAAUACAGUAUUCCAAGGUUUUGUAAAGUGGUACUAAUACUUCUCGUGACCUUGACUCUGUCCCUCUAUCAAUGCAGCCUAGGAUUGCAUUGACUUUUUUGGUUGCUGCUGCAGACUGUUUUUUUGUGUGUUUUGGCUGCUCCUGCAAUAGCAAUAGCACUUUGACUUAUAUACCGCUUCACAGUGCUUUACAGCCCUCUCUAAGCAGUUUAGAGUCAGCCUAUUGCCCCCCAACAAUCUGGGCCCUCAUUUUACUGACCUUGGAAGGAUGAAAGGCUGAGUCAACCUUGAGUCGGUCAAGACUCCGUUGUUACAUCCCCUAACCCCCACAGCUUCAACCCUACGCACAGUCACUCAUGCCCUUGUCACCUCCUGUCUGGACUAUUGUAGCUCUCUACAUGGGGCUCCCCUUGAGGAGCACUCAGAGGCUCCAACUGGCGCAGAGUGCGGUCGCGCGGGUGGUUAUGGGAGCGUCGUGGGGUUCCCAUGUAACACCUCUCCUGCGCGAGCUGCACUGGCUCCCGGUGGUCUUCUGGGUGUGCUUCAAGGUUUUGGUUAUCACCUUUAGAGCUCUCCAUGGCUUAGGAUCUGGUUAUUUACGGGACCGCUUGCUACCACCAAUAGCCUCCCACCGGCCAGUACGCUCCCAUAGAGAGGGGCUCCUCCGGGUGCCGUCAGCCAAACAAUGUCGACUAGUGGCCCCUAGGGGGAGAGCUUUAUCUGUGGGGGCACCUACGAUCUGGAACGAGCUCCCCCCGGAGAUACGGAGGAUCCCGGAUCUGCGCACUUCUUUUCCCCUUUUAAAUGUAAAUUUUAAUUUGUUUUUAAAUUAUUGGGUAUUUUAAAUUUGUCUCAGCCAAAUUAUUUAAUUCGUUUUUAUUCUAUUUUAAAUUUUUGUAUUUAUGUGUUUUAUUCUGUGGCUGUUCACCGCCCUGAGUCCUUCGGGAGUAGGGCGGUAUAUAAAUCCAAUAAAAACAAAACAAACAAAACAAACCUUAAACUGUCUACCGAGGACCUCGCCACAUUCCUAAGAGGUCCGUCAAGCGGGGCGUGCAUAAGCACACCAUCGUGCCUAUCGUCCCUGUCCUACUGUCCCCAUUUACUUGUAUUUAUUCCUUGUUUCAUGUCCAUGUUUAUAGUUAUAUUUUUAUCUAGAACAUGUUCAACAAAUUAAAUAAAAAAAAAUAAAUAAAAUAAAGAUCAAACUCCUGGCAAUCAGCAGAAUUAGAGUGCAAUACUGCACUCUAACCACUGUGUCACCAUGGCUCGGUGCACACACCCCUUUUGAUCCUUCUUAUCUUCGGAGUAGCCAAAAGAGCUUGUUAAUUUAAUUGCUUUUCCAGGCCAGAAUCCUUGGUGGUUACAGGUAGUGCUUUCAUGUGUUGUGCUGGCCUCUCUUUGUAUUACUCCAUGGCAGAAUCUAGGAAUAACCUCUUUGGCUUGAUUUUUACUAUUGGGCUGAAUAAAGAUGGAAUUUUGUGCGUCUUACAAAGUUCUCCUCUUUACACAAGAGCCUCCCAGGUGAUGAUGGGGCCAUCGGUCACAGAAUUGUUGCAUCUACCGUAUUUUUCGGACUAUAAGACACUCUGGACUAUAAGACGCACCAACCUUUUUUGGAGAAGAAAACAAGAAAAAAACAUCUGCCUCUGCCUCCCAGCAAUUUUUCUCCUUGCAGCAAACAGCCUGCUUUAGUUUCAGUUUCAUUUUCAGCAGAGAUUGAUUAGCACAAGAAAACAAAAAUUUGCCUCCCAGCAAUUUGCCUCCUUGCAAAUUGAGGCCCGCACAGCAAUAGGCAAUGGCAAUCCCUGCAGCCUGAAACAGCUGAGGGUCGGAAGGCCGAUCCAACCGACAAUCAGCUGCUUGUGCUAAUCAGGCUGUGCUGAAGCUGAAACAGGCUGUUUGCUGCAAGGAGGUAAAUUGCUGGGAGGCAGAGGCCAAAGGGUGGGAGCCGGCGGGUGGGCGGGGUUACAUUCGGUAUAUAAGAUGCACCCAAAUUUUCACCCUCUUUUGAGGGGGGGGGAAGUGCGUCUUAUACUCCAAAAAAUAUGGUAAUUAUUCACCCAGUCUCUUAACCACUUUGAAUCUCCAUUAAUUUAUUCUCUCCAGAUAUCGUUAUUUCACAGAAGUGAAAUUAUUCAUGAUGUAUAUCCAUUCCACUGAACCCUGGAGAACCCCUUACACAUUCCCAUUUCCCUGGUCAAUGCACCAAAAUUCAAAGAUGAGGGGUGGGGGGAACCUGGAUGGUGCAAGAUCUGGACUAAGAGGAGAGUCAAUCCAUUAUUGUGCUUUGGGAAGGAAGCUAGCAGUCUUCAUCCAUUAGAUCAAUGUUUCUCAACCUUGGGAGUUUUUGAAAAUGUGUGGACUUCUUUAGAGAUUGUUGAGCAGGACUCUGGAUCUCAGGCUUCUUCUGUGUUGCUGGUGCUACAAAUGAAGUCCUAGAAUGCCUUUCUUAAGUUUCUUCUUAGAUCUGGCCUUGGAUAAUUGUGCUCCACAGGCUUUUGCGAUCUAACUUUCCCCUUUUCCAUGACUGGCUGCUCCAAACUGCCUCUGAACUAAAAUCCCCUUUGCCUUUUGAUCUUUCUUAUCUUUGGAAUAGCCGAAAGAGCUUGCUAAUUUAAUUCAGGGAGCUUUUCCGGGUCAGAUUCCUUAAUGGUCACAGAUAGUCCUUGAUAUUCAACCCUAAUGGAGUCUUAGGGACGUGGUGGCUCAGUGGCUAAGACACUGAGCUUGUCGAUUGAAAGGUCAGCAAUUCAGCGGUUCGAAUCCCUAGUGCUGCGUAACAGGGUGAGCUCCCGUUACUUGUCUCAGCUUCUGCCAACCUAGCAGUUUGAAAGCACAUAAAAAUGCAAGUAGAAAAAUAGGGACCACCUUUGGUGGGAAGGUAACAGCGUUCCAUGUGCAUUUGGUGUUUAGUUAUGACGGCCACAUGACCACAGAAACGUCUUUGGACAGCGCUGGCUCUUUGGCUUUGAAACGGAAUUGAGCACCACCCUCUAGAGUCGGGAACGACUAGCACAUAUGUGCGAGGGAAACCUUUCCCUUUACCUUAAUGGAGCCUGUCCAUUAUAGUCAGAAAUGUUUGGAAAAACAGGUCGGUCACAUGAUUGACCUGAUUUCGCAAUCUUUUUUUUUUUUUUGCUUUGCAGCAAUUGUGAAGCAAAGCCAGGCUUUGCGAGUUGCGUAGUUUUGCCAAAAACUGGAAGUUAAGCACCGGUUUUCAGCCAAACUGUGGUAAAGUGUGGUCACGUGACUGUGGGAUGUUGCAAACACCUGUAAAGCAACCAAAGUUAUGUGACCAGAGAAACUUCAAAUCUGGGCCCUAAGUAUCCCAGAAUAGGUCCAUCAUAACUUUUAAGUCACUAAACAACCAGUCAUAAAAGUCAAGGACUAUCUGUUUCUCCACAGGCAACGCCCCUGGAAGUAGAAUUCGGCCAGACCUUUCACCCUGAAUUUCUUUCAACAGCUCUGAAUAAAAAAAAGUAAGCCUUAGACCAGAUCCUAUUCUGGAAUUUUAAAGACUUAAUCUAGGUGUUUAUGUAGUCUCCAGGUGAUGCCUGUUUGCACGAAUCCAUUCCCGUUCCCCGAAGUCUUUCCUAAUAAAUAUGAUCGAUAUAUUUUUUUUUAACCUACUGACAAAUCUCUUUAUAUUUGUAUGCAAAUUAUUUUUUUAUUUCCAGAUUUUUCUGUUUUAGUUGUACUGUCUAUGGCGGGCGUCUUUUGCGAGUAUUGAAAAUAGAGAUUUAUGUAAGUGUUGUUUUGGAAAUUUGAGCUCAAUAAAGUGAAUCUCAAUUCA